CGUCCACGUUCUGGCUUCGCAGCAUAACAACCCUCGUCUGGCCAGCGCAGCUCUGCACUUGUUCCAUCUGCACUUUCUCAGCUUGGCCCAAAGCCUGGAAUUUUUACAGAUGGACACGCAACAGUUGACGUCGCUGAUCGCAUCGAAUGCAGUGGAGGUGUUUAGUGAGGACCAUGUGUGGGAGGCGGUGAGGCGUUGCUUGGACCACGACCGUGCCGGACGAAUGGCGCACAUGGCCGCCGUCCUGCAGAAUGUUCGCGCUGCAUUCCUCAGCGACCAGUAUCGGGAGGAAUGGCAGUCCGCAAUGGCCGCCUAUGGACUGGCUCUCGGGAAGCGCAGAGCACUACACCGCGCCAUUCAUACGGUAAUGCCGCAGCGUGUUGCUGGACGCCGUUUCCAUUCUCGUUUCCCACCAUCACGGCAUGCACAUCGUCCGGGGGGGCAUUCGCUAUGUGAGCCUCCGUGAUGAGUGGCGCGUGGUGGACCCGACGUCGCGCCGGAGGGCGACGCUUGCCUCGCUUAAUGAUAGGAUUUACUUCGCCGGUUGCUAUGAUGACGGCACACAGACGUCCUUGGAAGU